AUGGAGGCGCUGCGGCGGCCGGCGCUGCCCGAGGCCGCGGUGCGCUACCGCCUGUUGGCGGCGGCGGCGGCGGGCCCGGGUGGCGAGGCGCUGCUGCGGCGCUGCGCUGAGCUGGCCCUGGUGCGCUUGGCCCCGCUCCUGGCCGCCUGCGUGUGGCAGCGGCAGCCGUUCCGCCUGCGCUACGUGCCGGGCCGCGGCGAGAUCCCGGCGCACUUGGGCGGCACCACGGAGUUCGGGGAUAACGUGGAGGAUGAGUGGUUCAUUGUGUACCUGCUGCGGGAGAUCACCAGAGAGUUCCCGGGGCUGGCAGCCAGUAUUGAUGACAACGAUGGAGAGUUUCUCUUGAUAGAAGCAGCUGAUUUUCUCCCAAAGUGGCUGAAUCCUGACAACAGUGAAAACAGGGUGAGAAAAACUUGUGUCCAGUCGGCAAGGGGGAGCCAGUGGCCUUUUCUGAGCACUCCUGUGACUUUCACUCGGUGUUUGUAUGCACAGCUGGUGCAGCAGCAGUUUGUUCCAGACAGACGCAGUGGAUACACCCUGCCCGCCCCAGCUCAUCCUCAGUACAGAGCCUGCGAGCUGGGCAUGAAGCUGGCUCAUGGCUUUGAAAUGUUGUGCUCCAAGAGCAGCAAAGUGGCUCCUGAUGCCAAGAGAAACGUGUUAAGGGGUCCUCUGUGGGAGAGAUUCCUCAGGAGCUUGAAGGAGAAGGAUUAUUUCAAGGGAGAAAUGGAAGGAUCAGCCAAGUACCUGGAGCUGUUGCACAUGGCAGAAGAUCACUUCCAGCAAUCUGUUGCAGUGCCAGAAAGCUGUGAUGAAGUGAGCCCAGGUGAUGAAAUCCUGGCACUGCUACAGACAACCCCCAUUGAUGUGAAGGAAUUGGAGAGAGAAGCAGCUUGUCUUCCUGCAGAGGAUGAUGACAGCUGGCUGGAUAUGACACCAGGUGCUCUGGAUCAGAUGCUGAAGGAGACAAGAAAUGAGUCCCUUCCUUCCCCAAAUGAGGAGGAGCAAAACUAUGACUUGGAAACAGUUGCUGAGAGCAUGAAGGCUUUUGUGUCCAAAGUGUCCACGCAGGAAGGAGCAGAAAUGCCAUGGUCAUCUGAUGAAUCUCAUGUUACCUUUGACGUGGAUUCUUUUACCAAAGCCCUGGACAGAAUUUUAGGGGCAGACUCGGAGGAGCUGGAUUCUGAUGAUGUGGAUGAGGAGGAGGAGUUUGGUUUCUCAGCUGAGGAUGAUGAAGAGCUGGAUGCUGGGAAUGGAAGGCAGGAGCAGAAGGUGCCUCCUGAGGAGCUCAUGGGCAGUCUCAAGGCGUACAUGGAGGAGAUGGACCGUGAGCUGGCACAGAGCAACGUUGGGAAAAGUUUCAGCAGCCACAAGAGAGGGGCAGGUUCUGUUGGAGCAGCCCCAUGUGAGAGUGCUGGCCCUGACUGUGGAGCUGAGGCUGCUGAGGUGGCAGCCCUGGAUGUGGACAUGAACCUGGUGGCAAACCUGCUCGAGUCCUACAGUGCCCAGGCUGGCCUGGCAGGACCCACCUCGAGCAUUUUACAGAGCCUGGGGGUGAAUUUACCUGAGAGCACAGAGCUCCCUGGCAGCUGAGCAAGGCAGGGAGAGCCUUGGCACAAGGCAUGGCUGCUGGGGAGAGGGAGCACAGACACACGAGCAGGAUGUGGGAGAAGAGGCCAAAGGUUUGAAUUUGGAGCAUUCUGUUCAUUCUGUGUCACUUCAGCAGAGUGAAUUCACCUGCAAAAGCUUCUGUUUGCACACUGUCUUGGGUGGAAAUGAGAUUUUCCCAGUGCUAGCACAAUUUCAGAAAACUGAAAAAUUAUGUCGAAUGCAUGACUCAAAUGAUGUCUUCUUUUAUUACAAAACCCCUCUCCCAUUUUUCCUUUCAGUGCUCCAAUUUGCCACGUUUCUAAAAUGUCCUUUUACCCAUGGCUGAGUGGGUUCAAUAUCUGGGGAGCAGUUCUUGUUCUGAAAAUGCUGCUGCCUUCAGGGGCAGGUGGGGAAAUACAACAUUGCAGGAAGAGUAAUUGGAUCAAAUGUGUAAAUAUUGGCCAGAAGUAUUUUUUAAUUUUAUUUCAAUAAAAACAAAAAUACAACUU